AUGCAGCUCAAACAGUUCCUCGGUCUCUUGGCCUUCGGCCUGCCGUUGGCUUUUGCCUCCCCUUUGCCUGCUCAAAAUAGCGAGGCUAUUCCUUAUUACCCAAAGCGCAGCAACGAGGGCGAAGCCAUCCCCUAUUACCCGAAGCGCAGCGAGGAGGGCGAGGCGAGUCCCUGGUACCCGAAGCGCAGCAACGAGGGUGAAGCCAUCCCCUAUUACACCAAGCGCAGCGAAGAGAGCGGGGCGAUCCCCUACUACCCCUAA